UUCAGAACGAAGUAGGAUCCGCACCCCUUCCUGCGGCAAAGUGUAGCAGGUAAACUGCGUGUUUCUCUCCAGUGUAUGUGAUUGUUGAUUUCCCACAUCAUACAAUGUCCUCCUUUUCUCCUCUGUCUGUAUAUCUACUUGGAUUUUUAUUUUGUCUUUAUAAUACAGUUGACCAAACUGAAGGCGGAGAAUGCUGCAGGGCUCAUUACGAUAACGGUGGGUUGCGUCAUGAUACCAUGUGGUGCAGCCACUAUUGUUGCUAUGAUCGACGACGCCUGAACAGUCCACUCUACUGCUGCAGAGAUUUCUUCAUGAGGGCGGACAGAUCUGAUAGACUCGACUUCUGUAGCUCGUGGUUUACAGCUUCGGCUAAUCUGUGGGCGCCAGUGCUGAUAGUCAUAGUGAUAAUAGCUCUUCUGAUUGUCUGCGGGGUGUGUUGCUGUUGCAUUCCAGGAUUCUGUUUCUGUUGUUGACAUUAACUGAUGGACAAAACAUCGGAGAAAACCCCCUGACAUCUGCAUACACAUUAGUUUUCCCAUUGAAGCUGACUUGAAAAUAUAGGCGCUGAAACUUUAAUUUAUAAAUUGUACCACAUAUCAUUUUGUCAAUAUAUGUUGGCUGGCAUGAAAAUGUAUGGAACAAACUUCGCUUUCUUUGAACAGAUUCUUAAAAGACACAAAGCUACAUUGGAACUGUUGGAGUGGCGUAAAAUUUUAGUUUUGUCAUUACAUUCGUGCAGCGUACUGUCUAGUUAGUAGCUUAACGUGUUGGAGACAGAAUGAAAUAAUUAAUGAAGUGAGAUUAACACAUUCAAACUCUCAAUUACAAUUUUUGAGUCAGACGAACAAAUUUGGCAUGGAUAGAAUUCAAUAGUUAAUUGUUUGGGGGUUGCCUUUAAAAGCAUCGAGAUGACAAAAGCCCUCCAUCCUCCCGAAAGGUCCUAACUUAAAACUUAGGUAGUCUAACACUUUAGAGAAAUUUUAAAUUACUUUAGCAAUUUGUUUCUUGGCCUGGCUCUCUCGAAAAAAUCUCAAACUUAAGUUUUCUUUUAUUAUCAUUUAAUAACCUUUAAAGUGAUGACUUAAGGUGGGUCCUUAGUCCUGGAUUUUUGGGGUUUAGGUAGCAUUUUUUUGUUCGGAAUCAAUAAAUUAACAAUCAGAGUAAUGUAAAAAUGCAAAAUAGUAAAGGGUUUCCAUAUUAAUUUUCAUUACAGACACUACUGAAGUCAUGUACCCCUGUGUAGAUUUUUAUGAAAUUGAUUGGAAACCGCUUUUUGUUGUUAUUUAAAAAUAAAAACAACAAAAUA